AUGGCUUACCAGUUGUCCGCUUCUGAUCAUGAGGCUAUCGCGGCUAUGCUUAACGAUCCGUGGAUGGAUGUUGAUGAUGAUGCUAAUACGUAUCGCUUAACCACUGAGGAUCAGGCCGCCAUCAACCAUAUGCUAGCUAAUCCCAAUGAAUUCAAUGAACAUGAUGAGCAGACUCUCGUGACCGCCUUACUACAUCACGACGAGGUAAAUCAGUUAAGUCCUGAUUCCCUAGCUGCCGCCCUUGCUCUUGCGCACAUGGAUGACUGGCAGUAUGAGGAUCCACCACCACAAGCUGGCGGAAGUGUAGCCAGGGAUGAGUCGCUCCCGGAUUUUACAGGCCUCUUCCAGCUUGUCAAAGAAUCGGAGCGCGUUUUCAAAACUUUCAACAGUACCGAACAAAAGUACCGUGUUGAAAUUGCCCCCCUACCACGAAUUUUCCAAAAGGAAGAGACCAUGCUUAUUAUGCCAGAAAUCUUACGCGUCAUAAUGGAUAUGUGUUUUAAAGAGUUUGCUCCUACGGACCGUGUUGUUGUGGCACUCAAAUCCGACGGUCUCGAAAGAGCGUUCUACUUGACGAUGCGGAAGCUCUCUGACUUCAGCAUACCCGCGUUUUUGCAUCGUAUUGAGCUGCUGAACUCUGGGCAGAAGUUGGUCAUUGACGAUUCAUUCACCAUACGUAUCUGGCGCUCUAUUAUGCCAGCUGGUGGAUCCUGGUUUCUCGCACAUCAGUACGUUAAGCACGACAAGAAUCGUUUCAAGACAUCCAUUGUAUCCGUCCGUGUGAACAAUAACCUAUGCUUACCUGCCGCUCUGUUUCUGGGAAAAUUUCGCCUGACGCAUGAUUUACAAGUGCCGCAGCAUAAAAAUAAAUGGAACAACUAUAUACGCUCUGACCGCACAGCCAAUCUGGAAGACCAAGCUGUGAAGAUAAUGGAAGAGUGUCUUCUACCCCCGGGCCGUUACUGUGACCUUGAUGACCUGGAAGUGUUGCAGAAGGAAGCCUUCCCAGAGUUCCAAAUCAAAGUCAUUUCAGCCAACCAGGGUGAUAUGAUUAUUGCACGGCAUUUUAACCUUGUCACCACGGCUACUGGGUUCUACUGCUCCCCCUACUUCUGCAAUGAUUGCGAUCGACCGUACCAUCAUAAAGAACGACACCGCUGCGGAGGCAAGUGUAGAUUGUGCUACCGUGCCAAGAGCAAUUGUCUGGUGGAUAAUCCCGUCAACUGCACUGACUGUCACCGCCGCUUUCUCAACCAGCAGUGUUUCGACAUCCAUAAAAGAAUAAGGAAAAACGGGAAGACCUACUGCCAGACCAUGUUCAUCUGCCAGAAAUGCGGAGUGUUUGUGAAUCUUUCCCCUCGUGGUAAAGACGCAAAGCAUCAGUGUGGUGAAAUUUACUGCAACACAUGCUACGGCUAUUUCCUCCAAGCCAACCAUUGUUGCUAUAUAAAGCCACUGAAAGCGCCAACAACACCCUGGCUUGGCGAUGAAGAUGUGAAAUAUAUUUUCUUCGACUACGAAACCUACAAUGAUCCUGUGAACGGACACGUACCCUCGUGUAUUGUGGCGCAGUAUGCCGACGGUUCUGAGGUCCGCUUUCCAGAAGACGGUCAGCCGAUGAAUACGGAAGUUGGUGAUGCUUUUGGUCGUUGGUUGCUUCAAGAGAAGCAUCGUGGGUUUACCAUUAUCGCGCACAAUUUUCGGGGCUGCGAUGGGCAUUUUGUCCUGAAGUAUAUGUUGGAUAAUGGAUUGAAAGGGGUGGAGGUCAUCAAACGGGGUACGCAACUGCUGGAACUGAAGUACCGCAAACUGGGCAUCAAAUCCCGAGAUACACUCAACUUUCUGGCACUGCGGUUGAGUCAACAACCGAAGGCGGUUGGUUUGGAGCUUGAAGUGCAGAAAGGUGAUUUCCCUCAUCGGUUUAAUAAGCCCGAGAACUGGGAUAAAGUCGAUUUACCUUGGCCUGAGCCGGAUCAGUAUAUGAUUGAUGGGAUGCGAAAGCAGCAAAAAGCGGAGUUCCUCAAGUGGCACGCUGAAGCAAAAGCCGCCGCUAAUGGAGUAUUCAAUUUUCGCGAGCAAAUGAUGACGUAUUGCUCGAACGAUGUUACGGUCUUGCGGCUCUGUGCGUUGAAGUUUAUCAACGACUACCGUACGCUCACUUCGCUGAAUCCCAUGGAAAGCAUAACCAUGCCUGCCGCCUGCUAUCGUUACUGGAAAACAUUUCACCUUCCAGAAAAUAAAGUCGCCGCCUUAGCCAGUCAUGGUCCUCACAGAAACCGGCGCACCAGUAUCCAAGCCGCUCAAUGGUUAGAAUGGGAGAACAUGAGUGCUAAUGGGCGCAUACGCCAUGGUCGAAACGGAAAAGAAGUCAAGAUUGGUCGAUACUUUGUAGACGGCCUCGACGAGGAAACCCAAACCGUUUACGAGUACAAUGGCUGUGUUUUCCAUGGGCAUCCCGCUUGCACCGACGAAAACGAUGUGGUCCCGUACUCCAAGAAAAAAAUGCGAGAAGUCUACGAAGAGUAUCUAGAACGUGAGCGUUUCCUCGAGAGCCAGGGGUACACUGUGGAAGUGAAAUGGGGUUGCGAGUGGCUCAAAGAACGGGAAGAUCCAUUUAUUGCCGGAUUUUUGCAGCACACGAACAUUCGAGAGCCAAUGAAUCCACGUGAUGCCUUCAAGGGAGGGAGGACAAAUGCCAGCCGUCUGUUUUACGAAGUAAAGCAUGGGGAAGAAAUUAGACACUUUGACGUUGUCAGCCUCUACCCCUUUGUGAACAAAACGAAGGCGCAUCCAGUUGGUCAACCUGAAAUAAUCAUAUCCAAUUUCAAGGAUGUCAAAGAUUAUUUCGGGCUUGUUUACUGUAAAGUCGCUGCACCGGAUGAAUGCCUGUAUCCAGUCUUACCGUUGACGAUCAACGACAAACUGAUGUUUGUUCUAUGCAAAAAAUGCGCAAUGGAGAAAGUGACCAGCCGCUGUGUCCAUUCCGAUGAAGAACGGUCUUUUGAAGGGAUCUGGUGCACGCCUGAGCUACAUCAUGCGGUGGAUGUGGGGUACCGGGUUGUCGAAAUGUACGAAGUCUGGCACUGGGCGCAGACCGACACCAAACUCUUUGCGGCGUACAUGAAUAAGUUUCUGAAAGUGAAAAUGGAAGCAAGCGGUUGGCCUGCGUGGUGCGAUACGGACGAGAAGAAGGCAAAUUUCAUUCAGAUGGUCAAAGACCGUGAAGGUAUCAUCCUGGACCCUGACGCCAUGGUUUUUGAUGCCGGAAGGAAGAGCACCUCCAAAGUCGCGCUGAACAGUCUUUGGGGUAAGACUGGCCAGAGCUGCGAUAUGAAUUCCACGGAAUUCGUGUACGACCCCAAACGAUAUUCUGAUCUGUGUCGUUCAAAAGCUAUUGAGAUUCAUGAUGUGUAUGGUGUGAGUCCAACAUGUCUGAUGGUAACACAUUCGAAAGUGGAUGACUACAACGAAGGUGGCAAUGGAACGAAUGUUGUUGUUGCCGCUUUCACCACGAGCCAUGCCCGUCUCAUUCUGUUGGACCUCAUGGAAAAGUUAGGUGAGCGACUUCUCUACUACGAUACGGACUCUGUGAUUUUCGUUCACCGCCCCGGCGACUGGCUCCCUGAAACUGGUAGUAUCCUUGGUGACUGGGAUAACCAACUGGAAGCUGGCGAAAACCAUAUUGUCAAAUUCGUCUCCUGCGGUCCGAAAGUCUACAGCUACGAAACAGAUACGGGACGCAUUGAAAUGAAAGUGAAGGGGAUGACGCAGAACGGGUUCACGGAAGAUAUUCUGGAUUGGGACUCGGUUACGAAGGAGCUAACAAGGACCGGCAAGGCGUUGGAUUUCAACCAGCUGAAGCGACUGCUGGAAGGUGUGGACGAACAUGUGCAGGUUGUGUAUCCGGAAUACAUCAAGCGGAAUGGAAAAACGCAAGAAAUUAAUACUGUUCAAUUGGCUAAAAAGUUGAAGCUUGUGUACGAUAAACGCAUCAUGUUAGAUGAUUUCACAACGCUGCCCUUUGGCACGCGAUAG